AUGGCUGUUGAAGAUGACGUGAAGAGAUUACUUGCAAAUUCACGAAUUAAUUUUUGCCACAUCGACCGAUUAAACAUAUGCAAAUUUGACGCGGAUAUCCUAUCGAAAGUCAAUAACUUUUUUCUUUGGCUUGAGGAGCAAAGGGAUGUUGGGAAGGAAAUUAUACGGAAUGAAACGGGUCGCAUGCGCUUACCAACCACGCCUAAACGAGGAUACUGUUUUUCACAGGAAGCGGAAAUCUUCCAGAAGUGCAGAAAAAAGCUGUUGGACAGUGUCACACGAAAAACAACAGCUGCUUUUACAAACGAUGGAAAUACUGCGAUUUAUGCUGCAAUAACUCCGAAAUCUUCGAAAAACGCCAUUGCAAGAGCUGUAAAACAAGAGACAAUGUUAGCAGGCCUAAUGAAUAACCGAAAAAUACAAAUAGGGCCUGCACCCACUCCGAGGCAAUAUGUUCCAAAACAAACAUCUAUUAAGGUGAAUAAGUGUCCUUCAGUUACAACUUCUAGGAACAACACACCGAAACGGAUGCCACUUAAAAAUGGAAUGACUCCGAAGACGACCACACAGAAAAUUGUCGCUAACCCGGAAACCAUUGCGCGAAAAACUACAGUAACUCCGAAGGCGAUUGUUGAGAAAACUGUUGUCACUCCGAGAAUGGCUGACAAAAAGAUUGUGGUUACUCCAAAGGCGACUGUCCAGCAGCCAACGUUCAAGAGGUCUGAAGUAAUACGUAAAAUGGAAAAAAGAACAAAUACAGUAAUCAAAAAUAAAGAAGAACUGAUGAAAGAAAAGGCAGAACGUGCGAGGAGGGAUCGCGAGGAACGGGCACUGCGCGUGAAAAUGAACAAUAAGAAAAAAGAAGAAGAGGCGCUCGAGAAGCUUCGGAUAAUAAAAAUGCGCGAACAACAAAUCGAACAUUUGAGACAAAAACAGCGCAUGCCACAGAGAGCCAUUUCAAAAUCACCCUGUCGUACCAGAGGUUAUUACAAUCGAAUACAAAAACCGCUCGUUCGUUCGAAAUCUUCACAAGACAUUUCUGUGCCAAGGAACGUAUUACAAAGAGAGGUAACAAAGAAUGAACAGGAAAACCUCCAAUUUCAAGGAAAACGGAACCACGUCGGUAAUGUCAAACGGGAUACCGAUAUACAAAAUAAAAGACAAAAGCUAGAUUUAGUGGAGUCCAAUGAAAGAGAUGAUACUAAUAGGCUUUCCAGCGAGAUCAACACGCCAGAAAAAGUGCUGAGUGAAGAGCUUGUCGGUGGUCAAACUCAUACUGAAUGUCCUGAAAGUGAGGGUAAGAGAAAUUCUGGAGGGAGAGAAACUUCACGAAGCAAUACACAAGUGGCUAGUGAAUCAAAAGAAACUCUUGCAGUAAUCGAACAAGAAAUGUUGGGAUCUAUGCGGAAUUGUGAUAUUAAUCCUGACAUUGUGAUGCCUUCACCUGUGGCUGAGAGAUCGGAGAUAAAUGAUAAGGAAAAUGUAGGUGAAGCUUCACAGGUCAUGGAAGUUGACAUUUCCACUGUCGAGACAAGCAGUAUAAAUAAUCAAACUUUUGAUAAAAGCGCGAAUGUAUCGAAAAUCGAAACAUUAGAUGAUAUUGGUAAUAACUAUGAUGUAGACAGCAUUUCGUCGAAUGAUGAAACAGAUGAUGAAGAAAAUCCACGAAAACCGAUUCCUUUUUGGGCGCGAGGGGAACGAUUACAAAAUGCGUUACGGAAACAAAUUGUGCAACCAUCCAUCGAUCCUGAUGCUUAUUUUGGACCAGUAAGAACGCCUAUGCUGGAUAAAAUUUUUGCAAGGAAUCGCACACGUUAUAAUAAGCGAACAUCGUCAGCCCAGUGGACAUCACCAAUGAGUAACCCGAAGAAAGGAACGAGUAAAUUCUUCGAACUACAGAACAAUCAUGGUAGGAAAGCAUAA